CAGAGACCGGGUUUCAACAGCUUCACGAAACAAUCACAUUAAGCACCAAACGCAUAGUCAAAAUGCAUUUCUCAAAACUCCCUCUCCUCGCGACCAUCGCAUCAUUCACGACCUCAGCGGCCGCUGCGGCUACGCCAAAGCCGCCCGCGUUCUUCCUCGCUGGCGACUCAACCACUGCUGUGCAAUCAGCCGGCGGAGGAGGCUGGGGCAACGGCUUCCUGAAUACGACCCUCAAGAACGGUGCCACAGGCAAGAACUUUGGCCACAACGGCGCAACCACCGUCUCUUUUCGCGAAGGCGGUGACUGGGCCAACGUGCUGGCCGCCGCGAAGGCAGCAGCGCCCAAGUUCCGUCCCUACGUGACCAUCCAGUUCGGUCACAACGACCAGAAGCCCGCCAAGAACAUCACCAUGGCCGAUCUGACUGCGAAUCUUAUUGCCUUCGUCAACGAUGUGCGCGCUGCGGGCGCGACUCCUAUCAUCGUAACGAGCAUCAGCCGACGAAGCUUCUCGAACGGCAAGGUGGUCGAGAGCCUGGCCGAUGUGACUGCCGCAGCGAAGCAGGCAGCGGCCACUUCGAAGGCGAAAAUCAUCGAUUUGAAUGCGGCGAGUACGAAGUACUUGAACUCGAUUGGAGCGACAAACGCGGCAACGUACAACCUUAACCCUACGGACUUUACGCAUUUGAACGCGGAGGGUAGUGUGGUGUUUGGUAAUAUGGUUGCGCAGUUGAUCGAUGUUGAGGCGCCGGAGGUGAAGAACUAUGUUGUUCCCGUCAAGACGAUUGCGGCGGCGUUGAACUCCGGAACUUACAUCUUCCCUACUGUCUAGAGUUGCGGAUAAACUGUAGAAUCAAAUAAGAAACUAUGCCUCGAAUGUUCCAACUGGUCAGGCAUGGAUGAACAGUGAAUCAGAUAAGAAACAAUGAUUUGCACGUUCGAACUAAUGCUGCCUGGACGCCGGCGUAAGAGUUCUCAAGACAACCUCCACGUUGUGCCUCUAAAUUCCAUAGACAACUCCGAAAUAUACUCAUCAACGCACCGCUGCUCACUUGACGAGCACAGGUGCCACCUUUCCAGCCUUCUCUGCUGCUAUGGCGGCCAGCU